UUAAAUUUUGUUUUCUAUUUCAGAAAGAUAUAUGCUGGUUCUAAAUGAUAAAAUUAAAAUAUGUUUGUUUAUCUAAGUAAAAAAAUCGCAAUUCCUAAUGAUACAACAUUAAAAUGUGUCUCAUGGAACAAACAAUUUGGCUUCAUUGCUUGCGGAGGUGGGGACGGAUUAUUAAAAGUUCUCAAGCUGGAAACACAAGUAUCUGAUGAUUCAAAAGUCAAAGGAUUGGCAGCACCUAGUAACUUGAGCAUGAAUCAAUCGUUAGAGGGACAUAACGGCGAAAUCAGAGUUGCGACGUGGAAUGAACAAUUUCAAAAACUGACAACGAGUGAUCAAAAUGGUUUGAUUAUCGUGUGGAUGAUGUAUAAGGGGAAUUGGUACGAAGAGAUGAUUAAUAAUCGAAAUAAAUCGGUGGUCAGAUCAAUGUGUUGGAACGCGGAAGGACAAAAAAUAUGCAUCGCGUAUGAAGAUGGGGCCGUCAUUGUAGGCUCUGUCGAUGGUAAUCGUAUUUGGGGAAAAGAAUUCAAAAACAUGCAACUUACUCAUGUCACUUGGUCUCCUGAUGGAAAAUUAUUACUCUUUGGAACAACAAAUGGCGAAGUCAAUAUUUUUGACAAUUUUGGAAAUUAUAUCAAUAAGAUGGAAUUACAAUGUUUGAUCAAUGCAACUGGUGCAGUCAGCCUAAGCGGAUUGACAUGGUAUAACGGAAUACUUGGUUAUGUCGAACCAAACUGCCCAUGUCUUGCUAUCUGUUUUGACAAUGGAAGAUGUCAAAUUAUGAGAGAUGAAGUUGACGAUAAUCCAAUAUUGAUUGAUACAAAAAUGCAUGCGGUUGAUAUACAAUGGAAUGAUUGUGGUUCAACGUUAGCUAUUGCAGGAUCACAGACAUCAGUACAGAAUGAUAAAACCAUCAACGUAGUGCAAUUUUUCAGUGCAUUUGGAGAACCUUUAUACACUUUGAAAGUACCGGGUAAAAGUAUAUGUGGGGUUGGAUGGGAAGGGGGAAGUUUGAGAAUAUCUAUAGGUGUGGAUUCGUUUCUCUACUUUGCAAAUAUCCGUCCUGAUUACAAAUGGGGUUAUAUGUCCAAUACUGUUGUCUAUGCCCAUCAAAAACCUGAUCGACCUGACUAUUGUCUCAUAUUUUGGGAGGCUUCUCGAAAUGUCAAAAACGUUAAAUAUGUGAAAAAUUUGAGUGGAUUAUGUGCAGGAGGCGACCAUUGUUGCCUAGUGACACAAUCAGAGGAUGAUGGUGGACAAAAUGUGCUUGUUCUUUGUAACGCUAUCGGCACACCUAUGGAUUCAAAAUUCAUAGAUAUCGAACCACAUUUUGUGUGCAUGACGGCGACUCAUAUCAUUACUGCAUCUUACAAUGCCAUACACGUUUGGCAGUACACAUCUGUUAGUUCAGUUGUGUCACUUGAUUACGCUCAUGUCAUGCCUCAGCUUGGCGUACACAAAGAGAAAAAGGAAAAGUUGUUUCACAUUGAUGAUGAGAAUCCAGAACGCAGUAAAGUUGAUGAAAUUAAUCCAAGUGUUGUGAACGCAAACACGCAGGAUCCAAUUUGUAGUAUUUGUGCUUCUGAUAAAGUUGUUAUUGUCGCUAGGGAGUCUGGUACCAUCCAUAGAUAUGCUUUUCCAAAUUUGGAGCUUACCAACCGUUAUGCAGUUGCAUAUGAACCAAAAAGAAUGUCCUUGAAUUGUAACUCUUCUCGUCUUGGUAUUAUAAACACCGGUGGAAUGUUGACUAUUUUUGAUUUGAAUGCCAGAGUUACAGAUGAAAAUGGACAAGAAAUAAUUGGUGAACAGUUACAUUUUGAACGCAAGGAUGUAUGGGAUAUUAAAUGGGCUGAUGAUAAUCCUGAAUUAUUCGCAAUGAUGGAGAAAACUAGAAUGUACAUUUUCAGAAAUCUGGAUCCAGAAGAACCAAUCCAAUGCUCUGGUUAUUUAUGUAAAUUCAGUGAUUUGGAAGUGACUGCUGUUCUUUUGGAUGAAAUCUUGGCAGAUCCUGACAAUCCAACGAAAGACAAUUUGAUUGAACUUGAAAUCAAAUCUUUGAGAGACACUCGUGCGCUUGUGAAAACUGUGGGUAUGAAAGAUGCCGCACAAUUUGUGGAUGACAACCCCCAUCCACGAUUAUGGAGAUUAUUGGCAGAAGCCGCUCUUGAUCGACUUGAGUUAUCCGUCGCUGAACAUGCAUUUGUAAGAUGCAAAGACUAUCAAGGUAUUCGAUUAGUAAAACGGUUAGCCCAACUACAAAACGAACAAAUGAAAUCUGCGGAAAUUGCUGCUUAUUUUCACCGAUUUGAAGAAGCAGAGAAAAUUUAUCUUGAUAUGGAUAGACGUGAUCUUGCUAUCGAAAUGCGAAUGAAACUUGGAGAUUGGUUUCGUGUCGUGCAAUUAUUGCAAUCUGGCAGUGGAGGCGCAGAUGACAAAAAACUAAUGCAAGCCUGGGACGCGAUAGGAAAUUAUUUCACCGACAGACAAAAAUGGGCACAUGCUGUGACUUACUUCACACAAAGCAACAUUCAAGAACAACUACUGGAAUGCUACUACAUGCUCGAAGACUAUGAUUCCAUGGCCGCUCUAGCAGGGUCAUUGCCAGAAAAUCAUAAAUUACUCCCUCGAAUUGCUAAGAUCUUCAAAAUGGUGGGAAUGUGUGAGCAAGCGGUUCUUGCUUUCACAAAAUGUGGUUUGAUUAAACAAGCAGUUGACACGUGUGUGUAUCUCAAUCAAUGGAACCAAGCAGUGGAAUUAGCAAAUACCCAUAAAGUGAAAGAAAUUGAUGAUCUUCUUGCAAAAUAUGCAGCUCAUCUUCUGCAAAAAGACAACCUCUUGCAAGCAAUUGAAUUGUAUAGAAAAGCGAAUCACUACAUUUCUGCAGCAAAACUUGUCAUGGAUAUAGCAAAAAGAGAAGCAGAAGCAAAUGCCAGUCCCUUGCAGUUGAAAAAGAUUUAUGUUCUUGCUGGUCUUUUAGUAGAAAGUUACCAUGACAGCAUGAAAACGAAGACAAUUUCUGGAUCUCGCAUGAUUGGUUUAACUGGAGAAGGAGGCGUGGCGGAUGAAGACACAAUUUUCAAGGCAUGGAGGGGAGCGGAGGCUUACCAUUUCUACUUAUUAGCACAAAGACAGAUGUAUGAAGGAUAUGUUGAUGCUGCAAUGCGUACAGCUCAAGUUCUUAGUGAUUAUGAAGACACGUUAGAUCCUGUGAAAAUUUAUAGUCUCCUAGCAUUAGCUUCUGCUGUAAAUCAUGCUUUUUCAGUAUGUUCAUGGGCUUUAAUGCGAUUGGAAUCUCUGGAUACAUUAACUGAAGAUCAGAGGAAAUCAUACCAGGGCUUAGCGAUGAUUAUUUUUUCAAGACAUGCACCAAAGGAUGAAAAGUCAAGGAAUUUCCCUGAACCAGGAAAAGAUAAAGUACCAAUAUGUGUGGUUACCGGUAGAUACAUCACAGAACCACAACACUGGUCAUGUUCAAAAUGCAAGCAUUCCGCAUACAAUACCGAAAUAAUGAAAAAACAAAACUGUCCAUUAUGCCAUGCCAAGAUUUGAAUAAGAUUUAUGGUAUAAAGUGACAGCAGGGGUGAUGAUGCAAGAUUUUUAUAGGCAGUUCGAUAUAUGACAUUUGCACGCUGCACCCUUCAAUUAAGUGCUGUUAAUUUAACUCAAUAGUGAAAAGCGUCUAUAUGAAUAAUUGUUUAACCUGAAUUCAUUGAAUGUAUAUGCUUUGUUGCUUGUAUCAAAAAAGAACAGUAUAAUUUUAAAUAUUAAAUGUUGUGAUAUAUAGAUAUUUCUGUAUAGUUGGUAUAUUUUUGUAGCAUUCUGUAUCAUAAUGAAUUCAUGAUCACAAGUUGAUGAUAUCUUUUUGUGUAUAUACACUACAUUGUUGGGUAUACUCAAGAUUUAGCAAUUCUCUGUAUUACGAAUUAAAACUGGCGCUUCAUAAUAUGUCUCGAGCUGUAGUGACAUGUGCCUAACUCUAUUACUAUUGUAUUUGUUGUUCGAUGCUAGAGAAUAUUUAUUGCAAUCUGUGUAUCUGUUUAUUUCUGUCAAUUUUAUUUUGUACACUGUAGAUGUUAUAUUUUUGUUAUUAAAUGCUAUUUUAGCUGCU